AUGGAAAAAAUUCAAGUCUAUUUAGUUCAAGGACCCAGUUGUUCUGGUAAGACAACAUUAUCGAAAUAUCUGUAUAAUAAGUUGAUUAGUAUAGAUAUACCUACUGUAUUGUUAUCAACUGAUAUGUACUACAAGACAUUUAAAGAUAAACUUACGUAUGAUAAGAUAAUUGGCUAUGAUUUUGAUAAUCCAGCCGCUCUAAACUGGGAUGCUUUAUCAGAUACAUUUAAAGCUUAUGGUACAAGACAAAGAGAGAUUCCAAUAUCAAGUUAUUCAUUCCAAACCAAGAAGCAGGAAAUAUUUAAAAUUGAUAACAUUUAUCCUAAAGUUAUAAUUUUAGAAGGAAUUUACUCUUUUAAUUUAUUUAGUAAGAAAUUUUUUAAUAUUAAAGAAUUUUCAUGA